CUCCACAAGCGUCUGUCCCUUUAACGGGAGAGCGGCGCGGAAGUCGUUGUUGUUGACGGAGAAGUUUCCUUCACCCCCCGUCGUAGUCAUGUAGCUGCAGCCGUGUCUCCCUGCCAGACAAAACAAACCCUGUAAUUCCAGUCCAUACUAACAUGUGUUAACCCGUUUCAUUCUGAGCUGUUUGUUCCGCGUUCAAAACCUCGGAGGGAACCGGCGCUAGCCGGCUAGCCGGGCUCUGUCGCGUUAUCGAUGGGCAGGUGAACAGGCCUGAACGGCCCUGGCUGAGCUCACCCUCGCCGGGAUACGCACCAUGCCGUCGUACGAAGAGUGGAAACGGACCGUCCACUUCUAUUACCUCGUUAAGUUCACCCUGAACGUCUAUUCAAUGCUGUUUUCGUUCCUGGGCCUGUGCGUGCUGUGCGUGGGGGUGUACGCGGAGGUGGAGCGGCAGAGGUACCGCACGCUGGAGGGCGUGUUCCUGGCGCCGGCCGUCGUGCUCAUCCUGCUCGGCCUCGUGAUGUUCACCGUGUCCUUGGUGGGCAUGGUGGGCUCCCUGCGCGACAACAAGACCCUGCUGCACAUGUUCCUCUGUGUGCUGUGUGUUCUGCUUGCGCUCCAGGCCUUGGCGCUCAUUGUCGCCCUCCUGUUUGAGAGGACGACGUCCGAGUUGUUCCAGAGGAACAUCCGUGAAGGCAUCAAGCACUAUUACGAUGAUCUCGACUUCAAAAAUAUCCUAGACUACGUGCAGCAGAAGUUCUCCUGCUGUGGCGGGGACGAGUAUAAGGACUGGGAGGUGAAUCAGUAUCAUUUCUGUAACGGUUCGGGACCCCUGGCCUGUGGCGUGCCUUAUACCUGCUGCAUCCACCAGGUAGGAGAAGUGGUGAACACACUCUGUGGCUAUAAGACUCUUACCAAGCAGCGCGAGGACCUGACCGACGUCAUACACGUGCGCGGCUGCAUCCAUGCCGUCAACCUGUGGAUGGGGGACAACAUCGGAGCCACGAUCGGAAUCUGCUGCGCCGUGGGUCUGCCCCAGCUGUUAGGCAUUCUGCUGAGCUGUGUGUUCUGGAACCUUCUGGUGGAGAUGAGCGAGUCCGCCGACAUGGUGGACUUCAGGGCGCUCAAGAGAGCUGGCUUCGACUACAGCGAUCUGGACCUGGCCGGCGCCGGCUGGUGCAUGUGCCUGCCGCGGGAGGGCGGCUACCUGCCAUUGGCCAGGGCGGAUACGGGACCGGCUGACUCCGCCCCUGAACCCAACGCCCCGCCCCUAGACUGGGAGCAGGUACAGGCUGAACACAGCCUCAUGCAGUUUGAAGAGGUGGGUCAGGACUCCGCCUGGAUGCCAGGGAUAGAUGAAGUGGACAGUCGAGAUUAAUGAGCAGAAAGGGAACCAUGGUGCACCUUCUCCAACUUAAAAAAAAAAAAUUUCUACGUCUGUUUUUGUGUAGAAGCGAUGCCUCUCCUACUGCACGGUUACUUUGCACUAGCCUCAGUGCCCAUAUUCUUACUGAGCCCCCACACACACACGUGAUAAUUUUUUAACCCCCAUUUUACACACUUUUCCAUGUUUUUACAAAAAAGGGAUUUCCUUAGGAUUUGUUGGGUUUGGCUUAUUGUAUUUGUCAUGUUGUCUUUUACUUUGCUGGAAAUAAUAUUGCAGUGACCGGCAACCAAUAAUGUUUUUGUAUUUAAAAAAAAGGUGAAUAUAGAAAUGAAAUGUUGGGGAAGGUAGACAAUCAGUUUGCCUUGGGCUGUUGUGUUUUAUGAGACAUGCAGUGAUGGCCUAUUAGGUUAGCAGGAAAACAUCAGUAUGGCCAGGUAUUUUAAUAGAAGAAUCACAUGCAUGGGUUUAAUAAUAAUAUUUGUGUAGCAUUUCAACAUGGUUGAAUUCUUGGGGAAUGUUUGAAGCUAGUGUGAUUAAGCUGGAUAUGGAGAACAUCUUAUAUAACUAGUGGAUUGAGGAUGCGUUGAGUAAACAUCUUGAAAUGCAUUACUUACACUUUAACAAAGGCACUGUAUGUGUUUGUACAUCGCUAUUAUGGUUGAUAGACACACAGAACUAUUAUUAGCGAUUUGAUUAUCAGUGCACCCCUGGGGUUGUGGUGAUUCGUCUGUAAUAUAUGGACACUGAACUAAUCAAUAAGAUGAAAUGUUCUUCUGCCAUCAAAAUUGUAAUUACGGAGAGCAACGUUCAAAAAUUGGGAAGGGUGCAGACAGCCACAUUUUAAUUUGGGUUUAGGAUCUUCACUUAAUUUGACGCUGCUGUUCUUGUUUACAACCCUGCGAGUAUAAACUGACUGCAAAUUGUGGGUAAAUCAUUGCCUUAUUCAAUAGAUAAGCUUUUAUCCGCAAUACCGCGCCUGUUUGCAGGUAUUUUUGAAUACGGUUUUUAAUUAAAUGAAGUUCCAUUUAAACCUCGCCGUCAGGAGUACCUACUUGAAGUGUAAUCUGCUGAGAAAAAAACAAAACACCUUUUUCAGUUGUUUGUGUGUUUGUGAAGAAGUGCAUGUUUUUUGCUUUUUUUGUAAAUAAUGAUGGAAAGAAACAGGCCUAAGGCAGCCGUAAUACUUUAAAGGUGCUUUUAUCUGUGGUAGUAGCCUACAUAGUCGUUUUGAAACACUACCUUAAAUACAUUGUUGAACGUAAUUUUGGGGAUGUAUUGCUCAGGCCUUUUGAAAAAUCUACUGUGCUCCUUGCCAAUAAAAGUGAUUUAUCUGAA